AUGUUGGAAAAUCCAGGAACUUCAUCUGAAAAGAAAGGAAAGCAAGUCAAUGAAGAAGGAUACUAUGGUAAAGUCACAUUAAAGAUGCUCAAUGAAUCAAUUGAUAUAGCAGAUACUGGAUUAAGACAGAAAAUGAUGGAAGAUCCAUCAGUAUUUAACACAGUUAUUAAGUCUUUACAGAAAAUAACACAGUCAUUCUCAAAUAGAGAGAAACAGAAGCUCCCUUAUGUAACAAAAGAUCUGAACGCAGAAAAACGGAAUUCUGAAAUUAUUGCAAAGCUACAAUCCAUGAACUUAAUUCAAUCGGAAAAGAUAGUAGAACUUAGAAAGACUGCACAAAAAAUAUCAGAUGACCUCAAAAUACCAAUAUCUAAUGAAAUGAUGUCUAAAGAAAACUUAAUGAUAUGGUUUUCAGAUAACAUGGCAAAAAUAGAAUCUCACUAUUUAAAAUAG